AUGUCCUGCCCAGAAGGUCUUCUUUCUCCGUCCACAGACUUCCAAGGAGGGCACGGCACAGGCCAGCGACACCGUGUGACGAGCUGGCCAACUUCAGCUAUUACCGGACGGCGCCACAAGUUGGUUGUUCCAGAGGUGUCCCUGGACAAGAAGGUUAUCGUAAUGGAUUUUGUACCACGACUGACUGUUGAAGAGGAGGUCCAGGGCCACUUCCGGAACGUCUUCAGCCAAGUUGCUGUACGCAAUGGUAUGUCGUACAUCCAAAUUGCUGACUACUUUCCCAAGCGACGUUUAGAACUGUGGUGUCAUGAUGGUAUCCAUCUGAGUGACGACUGCGGGAUGCCUAUUCUUGCACAGUUGCUGUGGAUUGUUGCCUACAACAAGCUGGAGAUGCCGCCACCGCAGCCCUGGAUGCCCCGCAGAAAGUUUGCCAGGUCAUCAGUGCCGAGACGUCCUCCACACGAACCCCGGAUGCCCCACAGAAUUGUUGCCAGGUCAUCGCCGCCAAUACGUCGUCCACCUGAACCCCACAGAACGUCUGCCAGGCCAUCGGUGCAGAGACGUCCUCCACCCGAGCCUCGGAGUGUGCCGCGGUGUGGGAAGAGGAAGCCCCCCACGGAAGAGUCCUGUACCAGGGAUCAAAUUGGGAUUCCCACUCUGCAGAAACCUCGUGUGGACCGUCAGCCUAAGGCAGCCACUUCCAAGAGGAGACUGGCUCAACAGCAGGUGAAGGUUGUUGUGGACACUGUUGUUUCUUCACAACCAAAACCUCCAAGUCCUGUGGUCAUUACGCAGACGGAUGCUCCUGCUGCCAGCAUCACUGAGUCAUCGUUCCUCAGCCCUGUGGACGUGGUUUUGGUGGAGGAAGACUUCCCUCCGCUGUGCUUGCCAAGACGUGUUAAAGAUAGGACAGACGUUGCUCCUUGUUCAGGUUCAGUGUGUUCAGCCACUUCCAAGAGGAGACUGGCUCGGCAGAAGGUGAAGGUUGUUGUGGACACUGUUGUUUCUUCACAGCCAAAACUUCCAAGUCCUGUGGUCAUUACACAGACGGAUGCUCCUGCAGCCUGCGUCACUGAGUCAUCGUUCCCCAGCCCUGUGGACGUGGUCCUGGUGGAGGAAGACUUUCCUCCGCUGUGCUUGCCAAGACGUAUUAAAGAUAGGACGGAUGUCGCUUCUUGUUCAGGUUCAGUGUGUUCAAACAGUAAUGUUAUUGCUGAUCAUGAGGACUGUACAUCUGCUACAAUUAAAUGGAUUAGGGGAAGAUUCCAUCAGGCCCAUCCUGAAUUUAAAUACCCAGGGCAGCAGUGUAUGCCCAUAGCUUUAGCAAGCUUGGCUAAACACACAGUCAGUAGUGUAUUUUCGUGGCAACGUAAUGAUUUGGACCAUGUUCUGUAUCUAGGCAAUGACUUGUAUGUAUAUUUGCGUGAGAACAUGAGGAUCAGUGGUGGUUUUGAGGUCUUGUCUGUUCCUGAUUUGCCAGGACAACAUGUUUUUGACAACCAGCAGUUUACUUUUGAUUAUGGUGAUUUUGUAAGUGGUGUGGUCAAUGUAGUUGAUGGAGAUCUUAUUGAGGAGGGUAUUCACACCUCUCUCCUAAAUGGAUUGGAGACUAUGCUUGAUAAUUAUAACACAUGUUUAUUGACCCUGGGUGGUAAUUCUUGUGCUGUGAUCAGGGGAAAUGGUAGAUAUGCUGUUGUUGAUUCACAUUCACGCAGUGCUGCUGGAUUGGGAGAUUCUGAUGGUCGAAGUAUAGUUGCAUAUUUUAGUUCUGUAAGAGACCUGCAUGGUGAUGGGACAUGUAAACAGCUGCAGUUUGAUCCCCUCAGUAAGGAUGUUGCGCAGUCAAUUUGUAAACGGUUAAAUGUAGUGUUUGAGAAGGUUGAUCAACAAGUGGCUGUAGGAGUUGGUUUGUUAGGGGUUCCUUGUAAAAAUGAAAACAUAGAGGCUGAUGGGAACUGUUUCUUUAGGGCAUUGUCUCAAGCUGUGAGUGGAACACAGAGCAGCCAUAGGAAGAUUAGACUUGCUGUUGUUAAGCAUUUACAGAAAAAUGCAUCAGAAUACAUUAGCAUUUUGAGAAGUGAGUAUUCCUCAGUGGCAGAUUAUGUAAGGGAAUCAAAGAUGACUUAUGUUGGCAGCUGGGCAACAGAGGUAGAAAUUCAAGCAGCUGCAGAUUGUUUAGGAGUAGACAUUUUUACGUUUUGUGAUGGUAGAUGGUUAGAAUAUAGCUGUAAGUAUAAUGGUUUGUCUAAACAGGGUAUUUAUUUGGAAAAUAUUAAUGGUAACCAUUAUGAAACAGUUGUUUGUGUUUAUGAACCUAUACUGCGGAAGUGUUAUGAAAACGCUAAAGAAAAAUAUCAUCAAAAUGUUCUGCACCGUCGCCGUAUCAAAGAAAACGCUAAAGAAAAAUAUCAGCAAAAUGUUCUGCACCGUCGCCGUAUCAAAGAAAACGCUAAAGAAAAAUAUCAGCAAAAUGUUCUGCACCGUCGCCGUAUCAAAGAAAACGCUAAAGAAAAAUAUCAGCAAAAUGUUCUGCACCGUCGCCGUAUCAAAGAAAACGCUAAAGAAAAAUAUCAGCAAAAUGUUCUGCACCGUCGCCGUAUUAAAGAAAACGCUAAAAAAGAAUAUCAUCAAAAUGUUCUGCACCGUCGCCGUAUUAAAGAAAACGCUCAUAAAAAAUAUCAUGAAAACAUUUUGCACCGUAAAAGUAUUCUAAAAAAGGCAAAUGCAAAAUAUCAUGACAAUGUUUUGUAUGCAGAUAAAGUGAAAUCUGGUAACAAAUUGAGGAGGAAGCAAAUAAAACAUAAACUGAAGUACUUUGAUUUUGUUAUGGGGCAGUUUUUAGAUAAAGUUAAGGAUGGACCAGAUUUUGUGUGUUGUGUUUGUCAUAGAUUGAUGUUUAGGAACCAGGUUUUGACUUGUAAACAAACAGAUUACAGUAAGAAUAAGGCAUUAGGUGCAUUAGCUAAUAAAUGUAUAACUGAGAAUUAUCUUCAUAGGUGUAGUAAGGACUGUGUAUUGCCAUGUCCAUUAAUAGCUAGAAGUCAGUUGUGGAUAUGUUACACAUGUCAUUCAAAACUUAAGAAAGGUGUACUGCCACCAGAGAGUUCAGUAAAUAAUUUGAAUGUUGAUCCUGUUCCACUGGAGUUGUCAUGUCUGAAUAGUUUAGAGCAGCAUUUGAUUGCAUUACAUAUACCAUUUAUGAAAAUGCUGGCGUUGCCUAAGGGAGGCCAGAAUGGAGUACAUGGUCCCGUGACGUGUGUACCCGCCAACAUUGUCCAGACGAGUAAUAUGUUGCCCCGUUCCAAUAUGGAGGGAGCUUUGUUGCGUGUUAAAUUGAAACGUAAAUUAACAUAUAAGGGGCAUUAUGAGUAUCAGUUUGUGGAUACUAUGCGCGUCAGAAAUGCUUUAAAGUAUUUAAAACAAACAAAUGUACUAUAUAGGGACAUUGAUUUCAAUGAAGAGUGGAUUAAUGAGUUUGUUAAAGAAGAGAAUAUAGAGGUUGUAGAGGAGCAGAAUGACACAGCAUCUUCAGAUGAGGUUGUAGAGGAGCUACUGCAUGACAGACAACGACAUUGUAUGUUUCAGGACACAUGUUUUAUGCCAGUAGAUAUAGGUCAGGAAGCACUGGACCAGUAUUUCGAGGAUGUUGUAAAUCUGGCGCCUGCAGAAGGUAACAAUCCUGUGAAGUUGCUUUCUGAUGUGGAUAAUGAGGCCAAAUGUUUUCCAGUGUUGUUUCCUAAGGGGUGUAGUGCCUUUCAUGAUAGUAGGCCUACUCGUUUGACGUUGUCACGGUAUUUCAAUAAUAGGAUUUUGCUUGCUGAUGGCAGAUUUGCACGGAAUGUUGAAUAUAUAUUUUAUGGUCAGUACAUGUCUGAGGUUCAGCAGGUUGUAUCGCAUGUGUCGAUAGCCUUGCGGAAAGGAAAAGGUGGUCCUUCCCAGAAAGUAGGUGGUCGUAGUGUUAGGGAUUUAGUGAAUGAUGAGCAGGGGAUGAAGCAGUUGUUGGAAUUUGAUGAUGGGUAUCGAUUUCUUAAACCGAUUCGAGGUACCCCAGCUUUUUGGCAGGAAGCCCAGCGUGGCUUAGUUGCUUGUGUCAGACAGUUGGGUCUGCCUACUUGGUUUUGUUCCUUCUCUUCUGCAGAUUUGCGUUGGAAAAAUUUACUUAAUAGUAUUCUUAAACAAGAAGGUAGGACUCAGACAGCUGAGGAAUUGGAAUGGGCAGAUAGGUGCAAACUCUUGCGUCGUAAUCCAGUCACUGCAGCGCGAAUGUUUGAUUUCCGCUGGCAUUGUUUUUUGAGGGAGGUUCUCAUGUCCCCUUCUAAUCCAAUUGGCAAAAUUAUAGAUUAUUUUUAUCGAGUAGAAUUUCAGCAACGUGGUUCACCACAUGUACAUUGUUUAUUUUGGAUCGAGAAUGCACCAAAAAUUGACAAAAACACUGACGAAGAGGUUGUUGAGUUCAUAGAUAAAUAUGUCACAUGUGAGUUGCCAUCCCAAGAUGAGACAUUAUUGGACAUUGUCACAUCUGUUCAACAACAUUCAAAACGACAUUCCAAGUCUUGUAAAAAGAAUAAAACUGUUUGUCGUUUUAAUUUUCCAAAAGUACCUUCUAGUCGAACGUUUAUUUCCCGUAGCCCAGGAAUAGAAAAUGCUAAGUGUAAAUGUAAAGUUGUGGAUCCAUGUACAUGUGGGAAACGGGUAGAUAAGACAAAGGAACGCAUGAAAAGUGAGGAUGCAAGAGGGAUUUUAGAGAAAAUCAAAAAUGCUGUUUUAGAUGAACGCUAUAGUAAUGUUAGUUUUAACACUAUGUUGCGUUCUUUAGGUAUUAAUCAGAGUAUUUUUGAGGAGGCUUAUAAUCGUAUAGCUACAAAAACCACCAUAGUGAUGAAAAGGCAGAUUAAUGAAGUGUGGGUUAACCAGUAUAGUAAGCCGCUGUUGAAAUGUUGGGAUGCAAAUUUAGAUGUGCAAUAUGUUGUUGAUGCAUUUGCAUGUAUUGUUUAUAUAAUUUCUUAUAUUUCAAAGCAGGAGCGAGACAUGGGUUUGUUGCUGGGCAAUGCCCAAAAGGAAGCAUCUAAGGAUGGUAAUGUUAGUGCUAAAGAGGCUUUGAAGAGUUUAGGUAGUGUAUAUUUACACAGUAGAGAUGUGUCAGCUCAGGAGGCUGUUUAUAGGUUAAGUGGUAUGCAUUUGAAGGAAUGCUCUAGAAAGGUAGUGUUUGUGCCCACUGGGGAAAAUAUAGUUAAAAUGAGUUUGCCUAUUAGCAUGUUGAGGCAAAAGGCAGAUUCUUCUGAUGUCAUAGCUGAUGACAUUUGGAUGACUAGUUUAGUUGAUCGUUAUAAGAAUAGGCCUAGUGAUAGUACAUUUGAUAACAUGUGUAUUGCAACAUUUGCCUCAGAGUAUCGUGUCCUAAGUAAAAAUGAACACUGUAAGGAUCGUAUUCAGUUAAAUAAUGAUUGCGGAUUCAUCGUAAAAAGAAGUCGAACAAAACCAGCUGUAGUUCGAUAUGCGCGUUUUUCCCCAACUAAAUCGCCUGAAUUAUUUCAUCAAAGUAUCCUGCAGUUGUUCUUACCAUACCGUGCGGAUGAGCAGUUAAAACCGCAUAAUUUUGAUAGUUUUAGUCAGUUUUAUGAGCAUGGUAUUGUUAGGUUUAGUGAUGGCUUACAGCAUCUAGUGAAGGACAUUGUAGAUAUCAAUAGAAACCAGUUUGAAAUUGAUGCAGAUGAAAUAGACAGUAUUCGGGAAAGAAUUGGUGAAGAGGGUGUAGGUGAGGACGCGUGGGGUGAGUUGUGUCCUGAGCAGGAGGUAGAGCGUUUAGAGUGUGUACAAGAACAGAAAGAGCUGGAAGUAGAGGAGGAGGAUGAUGAUGGUGUGAAUAUUCCAGAUUUAGCUGUGACUAGGGAGCAGGUAAUGUGUUUAGAAAAGAACAGCAACAUUAUGUGUAGAACUGAUGGUUUGGCUCUUAUUAGGUCAUUGAAUAAGACUCAGCAGUCUGUUUUUUAUCAAGUUAGGCAAUGGUGUUUAGAUAGUGUUAGAGGCAAGAAGCCAGAUCCUUUUCAUGUGUUUGUUACAGGUGGUGCAGGGACAGGAAAGAGCCAUUUAAUUAAAGCCAUUCAGUAUGAGGCCAUGAGGUUGUUGUCACCAGUCUGUCGUCAACCUGACAAUAUUUGUGUUUUGAUAACAGCUCCGACAGGGAUUGCUGCAUACAAUUUGCAUGCAACAACUAUUCAUAACACAUUCAGCAUCGGCAAAGAUGUUCGCCUUCCCUACAUACCUUUGGGUGAGGAAAAGGUGAACUCUUUGCGUGCUAAAUAUUGUGAUCUUCAAAUUUUAAUUAUUGAUGAAAUAUCAAUGGUUGAUCACAGGCUGUUGACAUAUGUUCAUAGUAGGUUAAGACGGAUCAAACAGACAGGCAAUGUUGCUCCAUUUGGAAAUGUGUGCGUCAUCGCUGUUGGAGAUUUUUUCCAAUUGCCUCCAGUUAGAGGAAAGCCUCUUUAUGAAGAGGACUUGGGUGUCAACCUUUGGUCAAGUCUUUUUAAAGUGGUAGAGUUGACUGAAAUUGUUAGGCAAAAAGAUGGUAACUUUGCUGCAUUGUUAAAUAGGGUCAGAACUCGAUCUAAACAAACUGCUAUGUUAGAUAGUGAUAUUGAAAUAUUAAAGCAUUGCGAAACCGGAGAAGUCAGCUCAGCUUUACACAUUUUUCCAACAAAUAGACAAGUAAAUGAGCACAACCGUAGUAUAUUACAGGAUACAUGUCCUGAUAUUGUAGAAAUAGAUGCUCAGGACUAUGAGAAUGAUAGAAAAACCGGAAAAUUAGUGUUGAAAGAUGGCUUUCACACUAAUACAUAUAACACGUGUUUAGCUGAACAGUUGUUGUUAGGUAAGGGUGCACGUGUUAUGUUGUGUAAAAAUGUAGAUGUUGUAGAUGGUCUUGUUAAUGGUGUCUGUGGUGUAGUGACAGACAUAGUGUAUUUAAAGAAGAAAGUGUUUCCUCAUAAAAUAUAUGUUAAGUUUGAUGAUGGUAGUGUAGGUGCACAAAGGAGGAAACAGUCUGUGAAUAGAUGUAUAGAUGGGUCUGUAGCUGUUGAACCAGAGGAGGAAAAAGUAACAAAAAAAGGUGGUUUGCGUCGUCAGUUUCCUUUUAAACUUGCAUGGGCUUGUACUGUACAUAAGGUACAGGGUAUAACUGUUGAUAAUGCCGUUGUGUGUCUUAAGAAAGUAUUUUCUGCAGGACAGGCGUAUGUCGCCUUAAGUCGAGUUAGAAGUUUAUCAGGGUUGGUGAUUCAGGAUUUUGAUGCUAAAGUAAUUUAUUGUAAAGAUAAUAUAAAGGUUGCAGUAGAAAGUAUGCCCCAAUAUUUGUCAGAAAAUUACAUAAGGCACAAAUUGGAUAGUAAUACAUUCAACGUGUUUUUGAUGAACGUCCAAAAUUUAACAAGACAUGUAACAGAUUUGGCUUCAUGUACACAGCAUUUGCAGCUUAACUGUAUUGCUGUGACAGAAACAUGGCUACCUGCUGAAACAAGAUUAGAAGCGGUAAACCUGGAGGGCUUCACUUUUCACAGUAGUCCUCGAAGUUUAUCAUAUAACAGUAACCAUCCAGCACUGAUUGCACUGCAAGGACAACAACAUGGUGGUGUUGGCUUGUACAGUGCAGACAAUUUGGCUUCUAAUAUUAUCAAAAUGCCAACAUUCAAUUUAGAAUGUAUUGUUUAUGAUUGUCUACUAUAUAACAUAUUAGUAGCUAUUAUUUAUCGCCCACCAUCAUAUCCCAUGUCUCUGUUUAAACAACAUUUAGGUCAAUUACUUGAUUGGCUACAUCCCAAAAGUAGUAAUAUUGUAGUCAUGGGAGAUUUUAAUGAUGAUCUCUUGAAAACGUCAAGUGUCUGCAAAUUUCUAACAGACCAAGGGUUUCACCAAGUAGUAAGACAGGCAACAACAGAGAAAGGGACACUGAUUGACCAUGUUUAUGUUAAAACAAAAGAUUAUGAGGUUGAAUGUGAGGUUGUGCCUGCUUAUUUUAGUGAUCAUGAGGCAAUACUUUCUUCUUUUAAGUGUAAACAUGUUUAA